UAAUGUCCUUUUCAUUUGUCUCAAUGAAAGUAAAAAAUGAGCUGGUUGGCAACCUGAGAAAUUUUCGACAGAAAAUGACGAAUAUUAGAGUCCUACUGAUUCUACUGCUACUGCCGGCGGCGGCGUUUCUUCUGCCCGGUGCAGCAGAAUCCGGCAGCGGUCAAUCGUUAGUGGAAUGGGAGAUCCUGUCGAAGCUGAACUACUCUUCCCAGAUUCGCCUCCAUCCCCAUCUUCUUCUUUUGGUCACUGUCCCUUGGUCUGGUGAGUCUCGGUCCCUUAUGAAGGAAUUGGCUGAUGUAGUUGCUCAUGACCAAGGGAGAUUUGGUUCACUGAAGCUGAUGGUAUUAUAUAGGAGCAGUGAGAGAAUGCUGGCAGAUGCAGUUGGAGCUGAUGAGGGAAUAACAAUAUUUUAUUAUCAUCACUCACACCCCCACAAGUAUCUGGGAAGACUUCGAGUGCAGAACAUAUUGUCAUCUUUAUAUUAUGUUAUGUCACUGUUGCCAGAACAGCUUCCAUUCAAAAUUUUAAAGACACCCGAAGACUUAGAAAAUUUUCUUGGUUCAACUGAUAAGGCUUUGAUUCUUUCUGAAUUUUGUGGAUGGACCCAGAAAUUGCUAGCUAAAGGUGGCAAUAACAACAGCGAACGUGGUUUUGGAUUUCACGAACAGUUUAAUGGAACAAUUGCAGCUAAAGAGAAUGAAAAUCAGGGAUUGGAAAAUGCGAAUAUGGAUUGCGGUGUUGACAAUCGAUUUAGUGACAUGCCUUGGCUUAGCGAGUUUACCUCAGCAAACAAUAGUGCUUUCCUCGCGGCUGAGAAUAUGAGCCUUAAUAGUGGGGCUUCCUGUAAAAUUGAUGAAUUCCAACAUUUCGAAUCAUUCUUACCAAAGUUUUUAACUGUUGCGAGAGACUUAUUUCUUCCUCCUGAAAGGCUAAGAUUCGGUCUGGUUCUUGAUAGAGCGUUGCUUUCAUCACUGAACAUUAAGGAUUCUGGAUCAUGGCUGGUGACAUUGCAUUUUGCUGGAUGCCUCAGUUGUUUGAAGGUUCUCAGAGAAGGUGAUGAUCUCAAAGCUUUUGCCAAAAUUCAAGCUUGGCCAGUUGCAGAGCUGGAGGAUGAUGUGGAUGAUCUUGAGAAUGCUCUUCCAGCAAAUAAGCCAUCGGUUGUUCUUUUCAUUGAUAGAUCGUCUGACUCCUUUAGAAUCAGAGAAAAGAGCAGGAAGGCUCUUGAUUCAUUUAGAGAGUUUGCCCUGAAAAUUCAGAUGUCAAAUGAAAUGAGUGAACCAAAAGCAUUCAGAUCGCAAAAGACAUCUCUUAAGGCUUUUCAAGCAUCAAGAAGUACUUCCAAACACCCUAAAGUAGGGCUUUUGUCAGCAUCUCAAAAAAUAAAUAUCAAAGACAAGAUGUCAAUUGUUGUAUUGAACCAGGGAAAACAAGUCAUCCUGGAAGAUCUGGUUUCGGGACUACAGGGGAGUACAUUGCAUGAAGUCUUGGCAUAUGCACUUCAGCAAAAGAAGGAAGUGAAAUUGAGCUCACUUGCGAAAGAUGCAGGAUUUCAACUUUUAUCUGAAGAUUUUGACAUCAAAACUGUUCAAGCUUUACCAGGUCAAACAGAAGUUCAGUCGAACAAGGCUUCGGAGCUCCUUGUGGAAGGUGUUUCUGAAGGUAUUAUUGAUCCAGAUAAAAAAGCAAAGCUGCAUGAAGAUGCCAUUUUGGGGAAGCAAUACAAUGAACAAUCUGAAUCAAAUAAAGCCAAGCCUUCUCACGUUAGCCAAAAAGAUGCUGAAACUAUAUUGGUGCACACGGAAGUCCAGUCAGAUGAACUUUGUCCUUUAGAAGGUGCUCUAGUAGGGCCUAUUGAUUCAGGUAAGGAUCAAAUGCUGCAUGUUGACGAAGGGAAACACAUCGAACAAAUGAAACCUGUUAAUACUGAAUUGCAAAAUGAUGAGAACAAUUUACUUGAAGAUGAAAGUUCACAAAAAUCUGUAAACUUUGGUCAUGAUGGUAUGAUGGAGGUUGCUAAUAGUCCUAGUGCAGAGGAAACAGUCGAGAAGCUGGAUGAGCAGAAUGAAAAGAGAAACUUCAGAUCUUCCUUCUUCUUUCUGGAUGGUCACUAUAGACGACUUAGAGCUCUGACGUCAGGUUCAAAUAUACCAUCUGUGGUACUAAUUGAUCCCACUUCGCAGCAACACUAUGUUUUAAGCGAGCAAACAGAUUUCAGCUGCACUUUGCUAUCUGAAUUUCUUGAUGGCUUUCUCAAUGGAAGUCUUCAUCCAUAUCAACAGUCUGAGCAUGUUGUUCCAACAAUUAGGGAUGCUCCAAUUCCACCAUUUGUUAAUCUGGAUUUUCACGAGGCUGAUUCUAUCCCUCGAGUGACAGUGCAUAUGUUCAAUGAGCUGGUCUUUUAUAAUCAGCCUGAUUCCAAAAAUGCUGGUAAUUCUCGAGAUAGGGAUGUUUUGGUUCUUUUCAGCAAUAGCUGGUGUGGGUUUUGCCAGAGGAUGGAACUGGUUGUUCGUGAAGUGUAUCGUGCAAUCAAGGGAUAUACUAAAACCCUAAGGAAUGGGUUUAAGAAUGAGAAACUGUCAUUGAAUAGGGAUGAGGCGAGCAAUGCGAACCUGAAGUUUCCAAUGAUCUACUUGAUGGAUUGUACAUUAAAUGACUGCAGCCCAAUCCUGAAAUCUGCGGCUCAGAGGGAACUUUAUCCAUCUCUACUAUUAUUUCCAGCUGGGAGGAAGAAAGCUAUCCCUUAUGGUGGAGAUAUAGUAGUAUCUAACAUCAUUGACUUUCUUGCUCACAACGGGGGCCACUUUUACGGUCUUCUUCAGGAGAAAGGUAUACUGUGGAGUGAAGGUGAACCAGGGAUAAAUCAUAACAUGAAUGCAGAAGCUCCUCCAUUUAAGAACUUACCGCAUGAAAUAAUACUUCAAGAAGGACCACCAACGUUAGAUGUUCAGUUCAGCGAAAAUAGAGCUCCUCUUAGUAGCUCCGCGAAAACAUCCUUUCAUGUGAUUGUUGGUUCCAUCCUUGUUGCUACGGAGAAGCUUCUAAAUGUUCACCCAUUCGAUGGAUCGAAAGUACUUGUUGUGAAAGUGAAUCAAAGCACAGGAUUUCAAGGUCUGAUUGUCAACAAACAUAUCAGCUGGGACUCGCUUGAUGAACUUGAAGAUAACUUACAGCUUCUGAAGGAGGCUCCUCUAUCUUUCGGUGGCCCUGUUAUGAAACGUGGAAUGCCUCUCGUUUCAUUGUCCAGAAAGUAUAUUGUUAAUCAGUCCAUGGAAGUAUUACCAAAUGUUUAUUUUCUUGACCAUAGGGCCACAAUAAGCAUCAUAGAAGAGCUAAGGCUAGGAAACCAGUCUAUCCAUGAUUUCUGGUUCUUUUUGGGAUUUUCGAGUUGGGGUUGGGGCCAGCUAUUUGAUGAAAUUUCUGAAGGAGCUUGGAUUGUUAGAAAUCAUGAUGAGGAGCAAAUUGAUGGGGCUUGGAGAUGACCUAGAUCUUCUGGAUCAGGUUAAAUUGCUGAAUUAGGUAUUUCUUUCAAGAGUCUAAAGUGCGACAUUAUUAGAGUUUAACAAUAGAAUUUGAUUUACAAUAGGCAGUGACUAUCACAAGAGUUUGCAUAGGUGUAUAAAGAUAAAACAACAUUCAAAUAUCCUAAUGUGGUCUGCUUUUUGUACCGAUAUCUUUCA